AUGGCUGGACAUAUGUUCUCCAGUCUUUUGCUACUCUGGUCUGUCAGCCACGAGCCUUUAAUAACAGGAGGGACAUAUUUUGCUGCUGAGAAGCAGUCCUGGAGCAAACAAAACCUCUUCACCGUCCCUGCGGAUUUGGAUGUGACGCUCAGAAGUCUCGAUCUGUCAAAUAACUUCAUCAGGCAGUUGCCCACGCUUGCUUUGCCAGACUUGGAGCAGCUGGACCUGAGCAGCAAUCGGCUGGAUCUCAUCUCUGAGGGGGCGUUUCAGGACCUGGCCCGACUCAAAAACUUGAAUUUGUCCAGAAAUCAACUGAACAUCAACCUUGGCAGCAACAGCAAAGCCCUCGGAUCGCUCGGCAGGCUGAAGAGUUUGGACGUGUCGAAGAACGCCUUGAGUAAUGACGCGGCAGAACUCUUUCUCAAAAACAAGCCGACUCUUGAUCAUCUUAAGAUGACGGGUAACGCUUUAAUAAGGCUUUCACACAGCUUGUUCAGAGAGAGUGGAAGUCUAAAAACCAUUACCGUCGACGAUAAUCUGAUAUCAGAGAUAGCAGAGGGGACAUUCGAGCCCCUCAAACAAUUAGAAACACUUAACUUGGCGAUGAAUAAUCUGGCACAUAUAUGUGAUUUUAAAUUGAGUCAGCUCAAAUACUUAAAUCUCAGCAGGAAUUCUGUGGAGUUUUUCGUCACUCGUGAAGAUUAUCAGUUGUACAGUCUGGAAAUUCUUGAUCUGAGCUACAACAAACUUCUAUACUUCCCAAUAGUUCCCAAAAUGAACCAACUGAAGUACCUCCACCUGCAAAAUAAUGCUCUGGGAGGUUAUGUCAACUCAGAGGCUGCUAUGGUUUCUGAGAUCAAUGCUCUUUACAAUGAAAUUGUGAAAAAUAGGAGGGCUAUCAAAAAUUCUUUACACGCUAACUGGAGGCUGAUGCCACUGGUUUACAUCGACCUGAGCUUCAACCACUUCACUUUUUUCCCUCUUGAGACUUUGAACCUGCUUUCGUCUGUAGAGACCCUUCACUUUAGCAACAACUGUCUUCAAAACAUACACUGGAAUAUUCGACAUUAUAAUGACUCCAGACAUGCUCGUCAGCUGUUUUUCCACUCCUUAAAGCACCUCAACCUGCAGAGCAAUGGUCUUGUGUACAUUUCCCCACGCUUUAUCAAAGCGCUCACGCAAAUAGAAACACUGAAUCUGCAGGACAAUUCAGUGCAACCUUGUGCUGAAAAUUUCAGUCGGCAGCAAAUUAGCCUCAAAGCACCGUGUGCUGCGUUUGGGCAGAUGACAACUCUUAAACACCUCAAUCUGAGGGAAAAUGGCAUAAAAUUUGUUACGCAGAACUCACUUCAGCGAAACUCUUUAACUUACCUCAACCUCAGAGGAAAUCGACACCUUGUGAUGCACGAGAGGGCACUGGAAGGUGUGCAAUCGACUCUACAGACUUUGAUUAUUAGCGAGACAAACAUGAGCGACCUGACCUUACCCUGUUUGACAGCAUUAACCGAGCUGAACAUGUCGAACAACAACCUCUACCGGAUGCCCAGCAGUUUAAGUUGCUCCCCUUUAAAAGCAAUCGACAUAAGAAACAACAAAUUUAAGACUUUAAAUCAUUCGUUGAUUCAGCAUUUAUCCAAGAAUCUCGCUGUGAUGUUUAUCAGUGGGAACCAGUUCGACUGCUGCAACAGUGAGUGGAUGAGCAUCUUAAAGGAGACCCACCUUCCAGACAUCAACGAGACCGAAUGCUUUACACAUAAGAGAAACUUUCUGGUGGCGGAAUAUCUGAAAAGCCCUUCGCUUUACUGUUUGUUACACAGCGAGGCACAGGGAGUUCAUUUUGGACAGAUGAUCAUAAUUGUUUUCUUUUUAAGUUUAUUAUUGACGGGGCUCAUCGUGUUCAGCAGGAAGUUCUGUUGCACACAAGGAUCUUUGUGUGACAUCUAAAACAAACUUUUGCACAGUUUAUACAAGUUUCAUAUGGGUUACAUUUAAAGUAAGUAAACUACAUGCCCUUGGUGAGAAAUCGGAGAACAAACCAGAGUUCCCGCAGACAACUCCGGGGAAUUUCACUCUUAUCAACAGAAAUACUGCUUGACAUCCGUAAAGAAACACAUUUCCUUCUGAUAACAUGCGGUGAGAACACCUUGUACCAUUUGGAUCAUAAUUUCGCCUCUCACCUUUCAAACUUUCUUUAAAAGAUAAAUAUUCCGGACAUCCAUUCUCCCAUGUUGCUUGGUUGUGAUGCAUGCUAAAUCUGAAAAACUAAAAAAAAUACCUUCUGCUAUGUCUUGUGAAACACUUGUUUGCAGAUAAAACGGUACCCCUAACUUAUUUUAGUCAUAUGAAUCCUUAUGCAGAAAUUACUUAAUCAAAAAAUAUAUAUAUAUUAAAAAAACUUAUAUUAGUUUCUAUACGACCCUAUCUGACUGAAUAUAUCUCCUAAAAUAGCAAACGUUCUUUUGUUUUUACAAGACACAUUUUCAUGCAAAGCACCACAUCCAUCUGAGUUUUGUAAUACACGAGGAUUAGACUGUGGGAGAUGUUAUUCUGCUACAUAAUAAAAAUCCUGGGUUGAUGACCACAA